AUGUCACACGUUCGCUCCAACUCGAAUGAUGAUACGCGUCAACACAUCAUCUCCUCCCUUUUCUCCAAGCGUGGUCCGGAUGGUAGUCCAGAGGAGACCCUCAUCACCUAUGUCAAGGUAUUUGAGGAGGAUGAGGGCAGCGGAUCAAAGACUAGAUAUCUGAUGCUAGCUGUGACGAAGCUCGGCAAAGUCGUGAUACAUAAAGCGAAACGAAAUAGCAACCUGUCAUUCUCCAAAGGGAAAACAUGGAACUUGGAGGACAUGAGGAUAGUCGAGGUUAUGGGCCCGUCCGAUUUUGCUCUGACAAUGACUGUCAGGCGUUAUCACUGGACCACGGACCGCCCUCGUGACCAACAACAUUUCCUGAACUCUGCGGUCAAGGUCUAUCAAAAAUACACCAAUGGCGAGCUUCCAGAGUUGCUCAAUUUCGAGCUCUCAAGCAGUACGAGCAGUACAGAUCAUCGUCGUCAAUCUUCUUCAUCCUCUAUCAGUAUACCUGCUCAACCACCCUCCAAUAGCUCUCGGACCGAUCUCGUACCCCCUCCCGGAUUCAGACAGAAUCGUUCAGGAUCAUCUCAUUCCAUUGCAUCGGGCACUUCUUCGAACUAUGGUGGUGGCGGCGAAAUACCACCUGUGCGCUCACGCAUGGGAGAAGGAUCCACUCGAUCACGACCGUCUAUAGAUGAUACUCGAUCCAAUGGUUUCGGCCGAUCUCCCCUGAGUGAAUCAUCUAUCCGACGUCCUUCCUUAGAUCAUCGAGUUUCUCCUCGGAAGGAGACAAACACAUUGGCUCCUCCGGUGCAGGCUCGUCGAACUUCCGACGAUCGAGAUGCACGCAGCUUCCCCGGAUCCACGGCAUCCAAUGGGCAAUCACCGGCUCCUCCCCCCGCUGCUGGUCUCGUUCGUCGACCUUCUGACGACCCAUUCUACGAUGAUGAGACCCCACCGCCAGUCAAGGAGACACCGAAAAGCAACCGUCCACCGGAUCUUACACCAGCUCCUCCGACCAUAACCACCACAUUGCCUUCACCGUCUAUUCCCCCUCCUCCCACACCAGAACGCAAUCGACCUCAACGUCGAAAAUCCUUCCAUCCUGCCCCGGUCAAUACCGCUUUCUCACGAGAAGUGCUGCUUGCCAGCCGAACCGGGGUCCUGCCAGGUGGUGCAGGCCUGACUGUGGACACAGACAAAGAGACAUCUGAGGAGGCUCUCAUGAACAAUGUUGAGGAGAUGCUAGAGGGCUUUGACUGGACGGCGGGCGUAAUACAAAACCAGACCUCGAUUGAGGGCGUCGAUGCAAAGAAGGGCUCAGUGGACGCCAUCGAAGGUCGCCUGCUCGACGAGCUUGCUGCAUUGGACCAAGCCAACAUCCACGCUUUCCUCGAAUCCGACGACCGCAUUGCUCAGGUCCUGGGUCACAUUGACGAGGCAUUGCAGGAGCUGGACGAUAUCGAUAUGCAGAUCACGGGCUAUCGUAUGCAGUUGAAUGCGGUCACAGAAGAUAUCUCGUUCAUCGAAUCACAGAACAGGGGUCUUCAGGUGCAGACAUCGAAUCAGCAUGCUCUACUUGAUGAACUUCGACAGCUCCUACAGAUCGUUGAGGUUCCAGAGGAUGCCCUUCGUGCGUUGGCCCAGGAAUCACCGCAAACUUCAAGGGGCUUGCAAUCACUCGAGUCUGCCGCGACCGCAUUAUACAAAGCUCUGCAAGCUGGCAGAGACACUGCCAACGCGGAAGUUGCGGCGACCAUUGCGAGGAUGCGCGAGUAUCAAGAUCAAUCGUCACAUUUUUGCAAACGGAUGUUGGAGUAUCUGGACGUCACAUUCAGAUAUCAGUCGGAUACUGCUUUGACAGAUAGCAGAAAGUCUGGCAAGAAAGCUUUGGCGCCGCAUACGGCUAUGGGCGAAUUCCUCAUGCAGUAUGAAGGAUUGGUAUUAUACAUUAAGGAGAUGGACGAGGCAAGGUAUCAAAAGCUCUGCUCGAACUACCUCGGCACCAUAAGCUCCUUGCAUCAGAGUGAGAUCAAGGAUCUGCUGAUGAGCUUCAUGCAAUCCAUCAAAGCUGGUCAAAGCAAGGAACCAAGAGAUGCCUUGUUCUCAACUGCCAUGUCUGCCGCGCCAAAGCCCGGCGCCCUCGCCAGGUCUAAGACUGCCGUAGGGCUGGGCUCCAUAAGUCAGAGCAAGCCAGCAAAGAAAGCCGACGACAAUUCCGCUACCAUCGCCGAGCUGUACCAGCUUGGUCUCACGCAGAUCAUCAAUCAAGUGCUAAAUGAAGAGGGUUUCAUCAACGCUUUCCUGCAUCUCACAGACACCGAAUCAACAUUCGCAGAUCAUAUGGAGCUGGAUAGCUAUUUUAGACGUCAAGCGGCACGUCAUGCAACACGACAACUGAGUUCUGGAAUGAUGCAGCUCAUCAGGAAUAUGAUGGAUCUGGUGUUUGGCUUUGUCGACCUGGAGCUGAAAAAUUGGGUCGAGGCAGCUGCGGAGACGAAUCCCAUUGCCAUCAUCGGCAUUACUGUGGUCACCGAACGCCUUGCCCAAGAGGCGGAAGCUGAGAACACGUCCAUCUUCUUUGCUCAGCUUUUUGAUCGUCAAAUCGCUCGUCAGAGGGCGGCACUGGAUCUUCUUGCUAACGAACAAGUCAAAGCCAUCGACUUGGGCAAGAAUCGACGAAGGAAGGGUGCCAUCAUCUUUAUGCGACAAUUUCCGAUUUUUGCCUCCCGCAUCGAGCCGCACUUGCACGAUGCCCAGAGCUUGCCUGUCCGCACUCGCGUCAAUGAAAUGUACGAACGGAUCGUCAAUGCCAUGUUUGCGACACUGCAACAUAUCGCCAAGCUGGAAAGAGCGGAGAGUCAGUCUGCCGACGACAAGGGUCAACUGAGCUACAACGUUGUAAUGAUCGAAAAUCUCUAUCAUUUUGUCGAGGAUAUGAAGCAGCUCACAAAUCCGGCAUUGGUCGUUUUCUUAGAACGUGCCAAGGGAAUGCUGGAAGACAAUAUGAGCACAUAUGUCAAAAUGAUGCUGCGGCGUCAGUUUGGCAAGCUGAUGGAAUUCUUCGACGGUGUCGAUCGACAAUUGAAGAGCACCCCGGCGUCUGAAGUCUCCAUGCACAACGCCUAUAACAAGUCUGCAUUGAAAAAGGCCCUGAAGGAUUCAGGAAGCAGCAAGGAUCUUCGCAAAUCAAUCGAGGCACUGUCGAAGCGUGUAGACAAGCACUUCGCAGACGAUGACAGUGCAGGCUCUUCUCAUUCCGACGCCUCGACUCAAUCUCUCAUCCAAGCGGUAUGGAAGGAGAUCACUGCAGGCCUCGUGACUGAAGUCAAUCGAGCGAGUCGGAUCAUCAAGAGUAGCUAUGGGGACAGCGGACAGGGUCUAGAAUAUGGACCUGGUGAUGUCGAGGCCAUCUGUAAACGAUCCAAGUAG